UUCAGCACCGCGGACAGCUCCGGGUGAACCACCAGCAGCAGCAGCAGCAGCAGCGCUGCCUCCGCUCAACAUCCUGCGCGCUUGGAUUUGGGAAACCGGUUUACUGGAGGAGUGAAGACGGAUAUUUCCUUUGGUAGCGGCCGGGACUACGAGAGACGUUUGCACGCGCAACCUCGGCCAAGUUUCAGGUGAAUAGCAGACGCUCCGCUGCAGAAACCUCUGCCUCUGCUCCCAGGAUCCUUCCAAAGUCCUUCUGCGGAGUUCAAAACUUGAUUCUCGUUGGAUCGUACCAAAGCGAGCGCUCGGUUCUCGUCCCGCGCAGGUGAUGGAAGUCCCACCGGCGCUGACGCAAGCGCUCCAGAUUUUUACGCGCUGAUCUUUCCCUCCUGUUUCCUAUCGAAUCGAGCAGACCUCGCCUCAGCUCAGAUGCCGGAGGCGAUGGAUCGAUGACCUCUGUGCGAUGAACUUGCAGAAUCAGCGGGGACAACUCUGAUUAUUUCCAGGUAGACGCGGUGCGCGGUUCCUCACGAUGGCGCUGAGCGCGAACUGUCGGACCAACAAAGAGCAGGUCCAGAACAGCUUCCCAGAUGUGGUGGAGCUGAACGUCGGCGGGCAGGUUUACUACACGCGUCACGCAACUUUAGUGGGCUCCCCGAGCUCGCUGCUCGGCAAGUUGUUCUCCAAAAAGGACGCCUCCAACGAUCUGGCCCGGGACCCUAAAGGUCGCUACUUCAUCGACAGGGACGGCUUCCUCUUCCGGUACGUGUUGGACUACCUGCGGGACAGGCAGGUCGUCCUCCCGGACCACUUUCCGGAGAGGGGUCGGCUCAGGAAGGAGGCGGAGUACUUCCAGCUGCCCGACCUGGUGAAGCUCCUGAGCCCGGAGGAGCUCAAGCAGAGCCCGGACGACUACUUCCACAGCGACUAUGAGGACGCGUCCCAAGGCAGCGACCACCGGCAGUGCCCCCCGCCCUCGCUGGUGCCGGCGGACCGGAAGAGCGGCUACAUCACGGUGGGAUACCGCGGGUCGUGCACGAUGGGCCGCGAGAGUCAGAGCGACGCCAAGUUCCGGCGCGUGCCUCGGAUACUCAUCUGCGGACGCGUGGCCUUGGCCAAAGAAGUUUUUGGGGAGACCCUCAACGAGAGCCGGGACCCGAACAGGACCCCGGAUCGCUACACCUCCCGUUUUUAUCUGAAAUUCAAGCACCUGGAGAGAUCGUUCGACAUGCUGUCCGAGUGCGGCUUCCAGAUGGUCGCCUGCAACUCCUCGGUCACGGCCUCGUUUGUCAACCAGCACACGGACGACAAGGUCUGGUCCAGCUACACCGAAUACGUCUUCUACCGUGGUGCGUCGCGCUGGUCGUCGCCUCCCUGCGACUGCUGCUGCAAGAACCACAAAGGAGACGGCGAGGGCGAGAGCGGCACCUCCUUCAACGAGCUCUCCACGUCCAGCUCCGAGAGCCAGUCGGAAGCGGGCUCGCCUCAGGGGACGGUCAUAUGCGGGCCGGUGAGCCGGCAGUCGCACCCCCACGCCAAGGUGCAGACUCUAGACCGGCCCAUCAAAAAGGGCCCGGUCGCCAUGCUCCAGCAGGCGGAGCAGCGGCGGAAGAGCGAUCUGCUGCGCACGCUCACGUCCAGCUCGCGGGACACCAGCACCUGCAAGAAGAGGGCGGCCAAGGAGAAGCUGACGGUGGAGGAGGAGCUGGAGAGGUGCAUCCAAGACUUCCGCAAGAUCAAGAUCCCCGAGAGGUUCCCCGAGCGGAAGUACAUGUGGCAAGCCGAUCUGUUGCGGAAGUACCGCCUCUGAGCGGCGAGGGAGCCGCUGCCAGGCCAAGGAUCUGUUUACAAGCUUUUUGAUCAAAAAUCGGGAGAAUUAUCGAAGCAUAUACCAGACUGUUGAUACCUGUCACGUGUAUGUGUGUGUACCUAGACUAGUAUGUGCUGUACUUUGCUGAAUGCUUUGAAUUAUUUAUCUCUCCGGACCAAAUCAGUUCGUCUGUGUGUGGCGGGGUCACGCUCCUCCAAACACUGCAAUUCACCAUUAUUCCAGCAAAGGGAAUCGCAGAAGGUACAAUUUGAGUCGGGAAAAAAAAGAAGCAGUGAUUGUGUGUGUUUGUGAAUGUGUGUGUAAUAUGGCCGUGUUCUCUCCCCGGUGGCCCAGAGGUCACAGAUAAAUCUGCAUCAUUAAUAAUUCAUGGCUCCUGACAGGGCUCCCUCUAUAAAUACACCAGCGCUCUCUGCUGCCGUAAACAGAGUCGGUGGAUUAGUCAAAUUUUAGGAAACAAUCCUGGACUCCCACGGUCAUAUUCCGCCGUCUAAUAUCGGCGGUGUUGGAGAUGUGACCACGACUUUCUUGAAGGAGAGUUUGCAAGUGUGUAAGUGUAGUACAGCGCUGUGCUGCGUCCAAACGUACAAGCGUCACUGUGAACGAAUCACAAGGUUAGCGACAGCACACACAAAAGACGAGCUUUAACACUUGAGUUUUUGCUUUCAAACUCAGUUUUGUGCAGUAAAUUCACUUGGGUCCCAAUUCAAUUAUUUGUAGCCCAAAUAAAGAGACAUGAAAGUUGAGAUUAGCAACGUCGGAUUUUGUUUUCAAGGUUGAAUAUGGAGGACACGUUUAGAAUGGUGUUUUUAAAUCCACCACAAGUAUCCUUAAAAACAAAACCCCAAAAGUCCUGGAUCUAAAUGAGAAAAAUGGUCCAAUACGAAGGAUCCUUUAAAGAAGUUCCUGGACCACGACGGCAAUCUGGAUCACUCAAAAAUAAUUCCUUGUCCCAUUGUUUCCAGAAAAUUUCAUCCAAAUCUGUACAUAACUUUUAUUUUGAAACAAACAGACAAACGCCAUUGAAAACAUAACCUCCUUGGCGAAGGUAAAAAUACAAACACUUAAGAUCUGGAGAUUCAGAUUCCAAACAAUACAUCAACAACCGACAUGUUUGAUGUAACAUUGAUCUCCAGUGUGGAACCAGAAGGAGCCUCUGGGGUCAUGCAGAGGGAUUAAAUUCCUGUGGUAUCCAGGGAAUACAAAGCUAAUAUCUACCACGGGUUGAUAUCAGUUACUGAUGGAGGAGGAAGGCACCAACCUCUGGCCUGAAAACUUACCUCCAUUCAAUGUCUUCAACAUACUGUCACACAAACUACUUCCUUUGCUCGUACACCUGCCAUCCGACCUGCGCUAACAGCGAGUCGAACACACCUUUCAAAACCUGCAUUCUGAACUCUGUGGUUUCUUCAAUGACGUUACAAUACAUGGAUUUUUUAUGCUGCUACAAUAUUGAACCUUUUGUCGAGAGGCAGCAGCUGAGACCUGUGGCGUUGGAACUUCAGACACGCAGGUGAAAACAACGCAUUAAUGUCAAUAAAAGACGUGAGGAGUUCAUGAUUCAGGUUCAGAACAUUGCCCAGUUUGUUUCAUGAGUCAGUCUCCAUGCUGGACCCCGUUUUCAAUAGUAGUUUAGAAGUGAUCUUCAUGCACCACUGACCUUUCUACGGUGCAGACUGCACCACUGCACCCGCAGCUUAUAGACGACGGCGGCUCAUGUAUGAACAAGAUCUAUUUUCCUUCUUAAAUUUAGUGGUUGGGCUCUGUAGUCUGGAAUUUACAAUAGCCCAACUUACCUGCCUGGCGACGACCAAAAACCUAGCUACCUACCUUCCUUCCCAAUGCACCUACAGUACCUACUUUCUGCCCUAAAAACCUGGCUUCCCAGCUGCCACUGAAGUAAGUCAGUCUACUUUCCCACUAACCACUGUCAAAAUCGCUGUGUAUUUAUCCCCAAACUACUGUCACUUACGCAUUCAAACGUGCGUGUAUAUUCAUGUUAACAUCACGAUCCAGCUCAACCUGAUCAUCUCAAAAGUUGCCUCAGAAAGUAAGUAAAAAAAAAACACCCUUUCAUUUGCAGUUAAUAUAACAGCUGGAAAAACAGAGCGAUGCAUCGGUGCAACAACAAUGAUGGAUCACACCUGACCACAGUCGUUUGUGAACUCGUCUCUAUGAGCCGGCGGUGUUUGCUGCUCUGGUUCCCGGGGACCGGCGCUAAUUUAAUUCUGAGAAUCUUGUCUUGUUGUGUAGAGCCUGUAGCGCUGAGCGAGGAGAUUUAUAGCGCACACAUCACUGUCAGCACAACUUUGGAAUCACAACAAAUAAAACUGUUACUUGUCAUCCGCCAUCAUCUUCGGCCAGCUAAGCUAAACUGGGGAACCUUGAAAGACGGAUCAGAACUCGACUCUUUUGAGGAACCGUGGCUCCUGAUACGGUCCGCCAGAAGUUCCGGGACUGGAACCGGAUGUUAGAAACAACGCAUGUGCAAGGUCUACGAAUUGCGUUUACUGGUUAUAUUGCAUAAAGUCGUGUUUUUUUUUUAAUAGUUGUUAAAAUAUAUAUUAUAUUUGACAGUGAAAUCUGGAAAUUAUACAUUUUUACGCUCAUGCGUAAGUACGAUCUGCCUCAUGUGGUCGCUGGAAAUAAUGGUGCUGGAGCAGGAAGUUACGAACUAACCGGUUUAUUGUUGAUGCAUCUGCGCACCAGUAAACAUGCAAUUAUGUCAAUUCAUUAUUUUUUAUGAUUAAAAUAAUAAUCAAUAUUUGUCAUUGUAUUGCUUCUGAUACAAUACAGAGUGUAUGGGAAACAUUUCUCCUAGAAUUUGUUUCAUAUUGAUUUAAAAGGAGCAGGAGUGAACUCAUCGGCCCCUGAACAAGGUUUACGUCAACCGUGGUGCGGCGCUUGAGUCCGUUUAUGUUGUUGGAUUAAAAAAAAACAAAAAAAAAACAGAAUAUCAUAUAAAACAUACAAUUUCUUAAUCUAGACUCUAGAAGUAAAAAAAAAUUAAUAAGUAAAAAAAACUGCACAAUAUAACCGUGGACGCAUGCGCUUACCAGUAAACGUCAGUUGGUAAAACAUGCACAAUUUCCGGUUCCAGUCGCGGAAUUUCCGGCGGACCGCAUCAGGCCGGCGGACCACAUCAGGCAGUGACACCUCUACACCACGUCCUACUUAGCCACUCAUGCUAAGCUAAGCCAUGAGGCGUGCUACUUCCGAGAUCAAAAACACUCAACUUACUCAGUAUAUAAAAACAUUGAGGGGUGUAAUUUGUGGGCGUCCAACAUUCUGAUACUCCUGUUAAACAUGAAUCAGAAAAUGUCAGGAAAACAGAAGGCAGUAAUGCUAAACAAGUUAGCAUGCGCUACACAUUGUUAUCGUAGAACUGAAAGAUAAAUGUGCUUGUAGCGUCAAGUCUGAGAAGGUUAAUCUAAUGUUUUAAAAAUGGACCUUGUUGCCUCCAUCUUUUCAUUGUCGCCUCGACGACACGGCACGACUGCAUCACAUGGCAAAAGCUCAACAAAUGUGUAUAGAAAUCAUAGGCAACUAAACAGCACGUGUUUAUCUUCAAGCAGAUGUUAUAAAACGGCUCAGAAUAGAAGCGUAAAAUCCCAAACAGACUUUUCCUGAGAGCCAAAACAAGACGUUAUUUAUGUAAAUAGCAUUUGUGCUCUUAUCCUUAUCUCAGUUGAAGCACAACCCUGCCUGCCACUUUAUGAGUAAAUAUAAAGAUUUAUUUAUCAGAGCUGAAUCGGUGAGGGAGGUCGUAGUAUGAUCGACACCCGGCGGCCUUCUCGACGAGACCACAGCUUAGUUUGCACAUGUAUAAAAGAAACACAGACAGGAAAGGACGUUUUGAAAUCACUUCACACGCACCACACAGCCACAAGUGUCUGAGCGGGAGCUGCAGAGCGAUUCCAACUGGCUGAGGAGAAUCUUAGCCUGAGCGAGUGAGUGACUUGGCUGUCCCCGAGGUGAGGCCAGCGUCCUCCAGUGCGUGAGCUGCUAGCUUCCUCACGUCGCCGCGGACCGGCCACGAAAGAAAAGGUUGUCCGUUUUGAUGUAUUCUGUUCGAGCACAAAAAAGGAAAAUACAUUGUGAGCAUGUUGGUAUAUUAAAAAAAAAAAACUGCAAACGUUUCUGUUUUUGUGUCAAAACCGAUAUAUAGCACAUAAAAAAAGAGAUAAGCACAGAUGUGUCGAUAGUGAUUUUCUUUCCUUUAUUUUGGAACGAGAGGAUGAAAAUAAAACAAUGCCUUUAUCUAUAGAUGACUCUUAAAUUACUCUCCGGUUAUGAAGAUGAAUGUGAGUCCGUGGUGAGAGUCGUCCUGUAUUCCAGGUGUAACGUCACGUGACUGCAUCUGCUUUUAGACAUCUUUAGAUACAAGACGGAGAUAGCAUUUUUGGAAAUGUAUGAUUACAAACAAUAAACAGACAUUGUGUAAAGUCAUUUUUGGGUUGAAUUAUUCGGGGUGACAUGUUUUGGUUGCAGUUUUGGGGUGAGGUUCGGGUUGUUGAAACGGCGGACUGACUUAUUCUGGCAUGGUUUUCUUUGAUACUUCGUCCCGAAUUAAAGCAUGAAAUCUUGAGAAGAAGAAGCUCGACACUGAGGCAGCCGUCGAUAAAGGCUACAAAAGGGUCUUAAAUCAUUUCAAAGCAGCAGACUUGUCCGUCAAAAACCUGCGGUUGAUGUGGCUGACGGAGAAGCGGCAGUGUGAAGCCGCCAGCCACUUACUCUUGAUUUGACUGGGCACUUACUCAACAUUUCCUGAGCUACAUUCUGGGUGAAAUAAGUGCAGUAAUAUUUGACUUUUUCUUUCCAAGAAAAAAAAUAAAUAGUGAUAAAAA